AUGUUUCUUUCCGUGGCGCAACUGCAUUGGUCUUACCGAUCUCCACACUGGCGUGAAAAGCGUGCGUGUGAGAGCCGCCCCGGGUGCAUCGAUACACUUGGCGAUGGCUCAUUCGUAAGUGCAAACGUGAUCCGGGUUAUCAUCUCAGUGUUAGCGUUGGCUCGGCUGGCCAUCCGCUUCAACCAGCUUUGGAAAACCAAGUGCCACCACAGACCUACGAUCCGAAGUAAAUUGGAGUUCCUUCCCGCCUAUGCAUUAGAGCUCGCGUUUACCGCAAUUUUUCCGUUUCCUGGUCUCGAGACCUUCUUCUCGAAUGACCGUGGAGAUACGUUCGUUCUGCUGAGCGUGGCGGUGUUCUUUCGCCCAACUAGUUGGGGGCAAUGGCUAUACUAUCCGUAUCCCAUCCGUCAGAAAGAGAAAGUGGCAAGCUUCAGCGGAAACUUGGAAUUCAGCUACCGCCAGUUCGUGAUCAAGAAAGUGUUAGACGACAACCCCCUCAACAAGCUGUUGACCUUCUACGCACUACUUGGCGCGACGGUCGCUUACGUACUGCACGUCAUGGAGACUAUCAAGGGCGAGUGCUGGUGGCAGAGCGACGACGCUGAGGUUGUGCGCAGUGAAGACGCAAUUUGCUAUGAGUUAUAUUCGUCUGAUUCGCUCUGGAUGGUUUUUAUGACGUUUCUCUCGAUCGGCUACGGAGAUGUUUCUCCCAAAACUGGAAGAGGUCGAGCUAUAAUUGCUUUAACUGCGUGCCUGGCAGUGAUGCUGGAUGCCAUGUUCUUCUCUAUCAUCAUUAAAAAGUUCACCUUCUCCACUAUGGAGGCGCGCGUGCAUGCGUUCCUUUACCGGAUGGAGCUCUAUGGCAAGAAGGAUAUCAGUGCUGUCAUGGCGGUGCAGGCCACCUUCCGGUACAACAAAUCGUACAAACACUCGCUUAUUUGGCACCAAGAACGAGGAUCCAAUGUCUUCUACAGGCCGCUGUCAGACCGUCUACCCAACGAGGUGAAGAAGAAACUGUACGCCUCGCGCUUCCAGAAGAGUCUCAAACAGAUCAUGAAGUACAACACGGACGGUGACCCGCUCAAUGCGUUCUCCAAGCACGUUGAGGUCAUCACUGCGGCUCUUGGCGCUACGUUCGUCGACAUGAUUCAACUCAAGAAAAUGUACUACCGCAAGAUCCGCAUGCUCGAGCAGCGACGACAGCAAGUGAAUCGUCGGUCCUCCAGCUUUCGCAUUUCUUCAAGCGGACGAACUGAUGCGUGGGGCGAAGAAAUGUUGCGCAAGGCCGAGGCUGCGAUGGUGCAUCUCAAGAAAAUUGAGAACAACGUAAAGGGCAUGUGCCGGACCCGUCCGUGGUAA